AUGGUGAGGAUCGUGUCCGAGGAGUCUGGGAAGAUCACCGUUCCAUCAAAAUGCUCAAUUGGUUGGAUGUGUUUAGCCACACUGCUACACGGAGUUGGAUCCGGGGCAGUGGGCAUCUUCAUCGCUCAUCUCAUCCGAAAAGUGCAGAUCUUAGGGUUCGGCUACGACCACGGUGGUUUCUUGGAGAUUGCCCUGGAAUCCAAUACCUGGAGACGAAUGGCCUGUGUCCUCAGCGGUGGACUGAUCGGCGCGGUCGCUUGGUUCUGGCUCCGUGGGCGACGAGUGUAUUUGGUCACCGUGGAAGAGAGCCUGAAAGGUGCAAAGAUGCCACCGGUGGCCACUCUGAUGAAUGCCAUGGUGCAGGACAUUGUGGUGGCGCUGGGCGGCUCCUUCGGCCGCGAAGCGGCGCCACGGGAGAUCGCCGCCAUGUGGGGCGGCUGGGUCGGCGAUGCUUUCGGGGUCACGAAAGAGCAGCGGAAGGUCCUAGUGGCUUGUGGUGCCGGUGCUGGCUUGGCAGCAGUGUACUCUGUGCCGAUUAGCGGUGCCUUGUAUACCAUCGAGCAUGUUUUGAAUUGGGACAUUUCUCCCUCGGCUGUGCUGCCGGCCAUUGUCACCUCGCUGAUUGCCACGGUGGUUACCAGCAGUACUGUUGAAACGCAUGGCUUGUACUCGAUGCCUCGUUACAGCUAUGAGUGGCCCAACUGGCAGGUUUGCCUUUGGGCGCUGCUGGUGGGGCCUAUCGCGGGUUUGGGUGCCUCCGCCUUUCGUCGCUUCGUGAAGUUCGUGGAAGGCUACAAACCCUUGGGCCGCUUCCCCGUGGAGUUUCACACGGUGAAGCUCAAUGACGAAGUUUGGAUCACCAAAGACAAUAAGGAUGGCUCCAUCGAACGGGUGCUGAUGAAAGUCGUUCACAUUAAGAAGAACGAAAGUAUCACUGUUCGAGCAGCAGAAGCAGAUGAAGAGUAUGGAGAAGAAGAAGAGAUUCGAGAGGAAGAUUGGGAUGAUUCUGCCCACGCAGAAGGUGGCAGGGAUUGGACAAUCUUCAUCUUCAUGCCUUUGGCAUUCUUGGUCCUUGCUCUUCUCAGCCGAAACUACCCCAGCUUGCUGGGCAAUGGCCGUGCCCUGGCAGAGAUCGCCAUGCAAAGGCAGAGAAGCACACCCUUCUUGGCGAUGUUGCUGCUGCUGAAGGCCUUAAUGACCGCUGCGGCCAUCGGCUCUGGCGCAGCUGGAGGGACGCUGACGCCAUCUGUUGCCUUGGGUGCCACUCUGGGUGCCGUUCUGGGGGAGCCCGUUGGGGGGGAGUGGUGCGUGGAUGGAGGCCAAGCAGAGACACUGGAUUUCAGGUCUGCAGCUGCAGCCCCAGAGUUUAAUGUCGCGGAUCCUGUGGCCCAUGCCACAGGCAAGAGAGUGGCAACGACCUCUGGGAUGAAGACAGUCUUCGCUGCGGAGUCCUCCCUCAACAUCGCGCGGCGAAUCCGAAAUGCUAGCGUCCCUUUGGGCUGUGCGGUGGAAGAUGACGCCGCAGUGACGGAAGAGCUGUCAGUCGAAUCCAUGAAUCUCAGUUUCAGCCGAUGCUUGAUGCCUCGGAGACCGGCAUGGUCCUACGAAGUCAGCAGCGGGCGCUUGCACCACAGGGAGGCUCAAGCCUUCAAGCAGUGGCUAACCGAUGUGCAAGAGCUGAUUCAAAAAACGGGGCGGCUAUCCACCGGCCUACGAAACCAAUCUCCAAGUCUGGCGUCAACUUUGGCGAGUCCUCGAGCGGUGUCAUGUGGCGGUCUGUGUGAUCGAUGCCAGACAUCCGUUGCUUCAUUUGCCACCAGCGUUGAUUUACCACGUGAGCAGCACCUUAUCGUGGGAUAG